CUUUAAUUCAGACUCAUCAUCUGCAUCACAUCCACUCGCCCAUCACAAUGUCUUCAUACUCUAGUUUCUCAAGCUCCAUCUCGGGGUCAGCAUCCAGCUCUCCAUCCUUGUCCUUCCGUUCCCAUGUUAGCUCGCAGAGCGACAGCGAAAGGGUGGGGGAGGAGAUGGACAUCAUCAAGACGUGGUUUUCAGUCCUCAACGACGAAGAACGAACAGCCGCCCUCACAUCCAUCGCCGAGCUACCGUGUCUCCGCGAGAUCGAGCCCUUGAUCCAAACCCUCAAGGACCGCAAGCGGGAUCUCUGGCGUCGACAGGAGGACCUCCUCAUUCAGCCCGGAACAAAGCCCAAGUGGCCGAUGCCGGCGUUCCCUCACAACUCCCAAGACCCUAGAUGGGUAGCCAAAUGGCUCCGCGCGUUGAGGCUGCACAAGUACGAAAAUUGCCUGACUGGAAUGUCUCCGGCGCAGGUUUCUCGUCUAAGUGACGCGGAUCUGCAGCAGCUUGGAGUUGAUACUGUCGGCGCAAGGACGAAGCUACUCCGAGCCAUCUCGUCUGGAUGAAUAUCAUCAUAUAAUACCUUUAAUUUGCCCGCGAGACGGGUUGGUCAAGGCAGCUGAGCUGCCUACAAACACGAAAACGUCCUCAAGACGACCACUACCACUGAGAACAGCACUCCCUCUCAGAAAGGGGGCAGCGAUGAAUCAAAGCACCAAAGCAAAGACCCCAUCGCCAGGGUCAAACAUGGGAAGGCCGAGAGUUCAGGUCGAUGCCUUCGUGAUGGGUGGGCUGAGGUCUGGCGGUGGUGGUGUUGAAUGUGGUUUGACACGGGGAAACAAUGGCGUUAAUCUGGGCGGAAUAAAUGAGCUACACCCCAUCCGGCACAAUACAGCCGUCUACAGCCCUGCGGGAGCUGUCCCGAUUUUAUUAGAUACCUUGUCUCGUACCAAAUUUAGCCGUCAAGGCAUAUUAUCUGAA